AGCCGACCAAGAGCAGACGAGAAAAGCGCCGUUUUCCUUUGCGUAAAAUAAAAAAGUGCCAGGACGGUUCCAGACAUGGAGAGGUCAGUCAGGUUUGCCGUGGUGUGCGUCGGAGUGUCUCUGCUUAUAUCCUGCCAUCCAGUCGAAGCCUGGUACAAGCAGUCGACCGGCCCCAGUUACUAUUCGGUGGGUCGCGCCUCCGGUUUGCUGUCCGGCAUUAGGAGGUCGCCGUACGUCCGGAGGUCCGAGUCUGAAGAGACGCUGAUGGACAGCGGGGAAACAGCAGGUAACAACGUGAUGCCAGAGACUAACAGGCAGGUCUCCAUCCUCAAAAGCAUGGCCAUCUGCGUGAAGGACAUCUCCCCAAACCUGAAGAGCUGCGAGCUGCUGCGGGACGGGACGGGCACCUUCCAGUGCAAGGCGGAUGUCUUUCUUACCCUGGACUCCCUGGACUGCCUGUCCGCGUGAGUCCCGGCCGGACCGGCGGAGACAGUCCCCGUCCUCCACCGAGCCCCGGGAGCGCCUCUCUGGAGAACGGAAAACGAAAGGCAGGGAUGAGUGUGUUGGGCUUCGGGGGUGAUGGUGCAGAGGAGAUCCCGAUCAUUACCGAUGACGGACCGCUGCAGACUCUGAAUGUUCUCUCUUAUUUAAAAAAAAACAACAAAAAAAACACACACACAUUGUUCAGUUUUGCUUUGGUUGCGUAGACAGGAGUAUAAAAGAAAACAAAACAAAAAAUCAGUGCGAGAGAUGUUAGUUGAAACCAUUUUCUCUCCAGAUGACGCCACAUCUGUACUGUUUACCCCUUGUUAUGUACCCGCCUUUGCCAAAAUGUAUUAAAUGUCCAGAAA